AUGGCAGCUUCAGGCGAUGCCGAGGCUGAAGCAGACAAAGUCCUCACAGCAGUCGUGUCUGCAGGCUUUGCGAAGCAGCUGCCCGCAGGCCUCGAGGCGGAAUCCACACUGCUUGUGGCGAAUCUGCCAUUUGCUGCAACUUCCCUGGAAGUGGGUGCUCACUUCUCGUGGUAUGCGCCUGUUGUACGGGUGACAAGGCUCGACAAGACGGUUACUGGGACUGACUCCAGCUGUCUUGUCACGUUUGUGGACGUCGACUCGGCCAAAGCAGCCUUGCAAGGGCAAGUGGGUGUUUAUCCUCAUGCGGGAGGUUCUUCGCGACCCCUACGUGUGCAGCAGUUUAAAUCGCAGGAGAGCUCGUCUUCAUGGUUUGGUUGGUGA